AUGCCCAGUAGGUUAGCACUGGCAGCCAUGUGCUGGGGGGCAAGACUCCAGCCAUGCAACUCGGCCACAGCUGAUGGUUACCCCAGCCUCCGAAGGGACUCCUUUGAUGCUAGGAUUGUGGACUUGCAAUUGCAAGCAGAAUUAGCUCAGAUUAAUGGCCAUGUCCCAGUUCCUGAAUUUGACCUGCAAAUAACCCCUGUUAUACGAGGUCGACCCUCACAAACCUACCCAGCUACCAACACGGGCACAUUGUCCUACCAAAGUACAACAAUCGGUGAUCAUGUCAGACAGAGACACUUAUACACAGAGGACAAAAGGCGUGGACUUUUCCUGGAGAUUUGCCCAGAUGGCGUUGUGAAAGGGACCCCCAUCCAGACGGAAAACAGUGUGCUCCAGCUGAAGUCUGUGAGAGCUGGAGAGACUGUCAUCCAGGCAUUGUCAUCAUCUCUCUACCUGUGUGCCAACGAGAAGGGACAUCUCAAAGGGCAGCGGAUAUACACAGAAGCUGACUGCACCUUCAAGGAAUUGUUGCUGGAGGAUGGGUACACACUUUUCCUUUCUGUUAAUCAUGAUAUUCCCGUGUCUCUUACAUCUAAGAGGCCCCCAGGAAAGCACCUUCCUCCAUAUUCGCGGUUCCUACCGAUGAGAAAUGACCUGCUAAUGGAGAGUGAUGAAGAGAAACAGAGUGAAUUUCUGAUGAAAGAUAAAGAACAUUUAGACCUUGACUCUGAUGACCUAUUUGGAAUGAGACUUGGAGAAUCAGUCAUAAGUCCAGCAUUCAACUUAAAUGUUCCUGCUGCUAGGUAACGUAAAAAAAUCGCGUAAAUGUAAAAUCCACAUCAAACAGUUACUACCACAGUCUUUUUCCCCUCAGUUAUGUCUCGAAUGGCUAAACUGUAACAUUUAAUUUAUUUGCUGAAUUUUUAAUUCAUAGGUGUGUGUGUAUACCUGUAUAUAUAUAUAUAUAUAUAUAUAUAUACACACAUAUAUAUAUAUAUGUGUGUGUGUGUGUGUGUAUGACAGUAAUUGUCAUGUGCUGGUAAUGUUUUGUAAGUCUUUACUGUAUCUAGAAUAAAGGUCGUUUACAAAAAAUAAAACCUGGAAAGAUUUCUGUGAAGAAUCUGUUCUAUAUUUUUGGGAUGAGUCAAGAAAAAAACAUGGCACAUUACAUAAUUACAAUUAUACAUACUCAUCCCAUCCAGGGUGUAUCCCAGCUUUGUGCCCUAUGCUCCCUCCCAGACAGUCCACAUUUUUGCUCCCUCCCAGACAGUCCACAUUUUUGCUCCCUCCCAGACAGUCCACAAUGUGGGGCUCCCGAGGACCAGGUUGGAAACACUGGCCGAUGCUACCUUGUAUAGACUCCAAGCCCGUCUCUGACAAUAUCCUGCAUAAUCAACUAGAACAGGAGUGGCCAGUCUUAUCCAAAAAGGGCUGCUGUGUGUGCAGGUUUUCGCUGCAACUCUCAAACUAGAUUACUAAUUAGAGGACCGAAUGGCUGAAGAGUCCUGACACCUGGGUUUGAACAGCUGACCUAAAGGUUAUCCCAAAAACCUGCAUACACACCGGCCCUUUGUGGAUAAGGUUGGACACCCCUGGACUAGAACGUGGAUGGAUGGAUGAAUGGAUUAAAUAUAUGAUUUCUAAAAAAGGUUAUUGCUGUAUAUAUCAAUAACUCAGCUUCCGUUCUCUC